CUUAUCAUACUUGUGGGAUCUUGUUUUACGGCCAAGGUUGUGUUCCAUAUCUGGUAUACCCUGCUCCAAAACCAUUCUCUUUGGUGCUAUGUGAAUUGUGACUAGUCAUUUUGACUUCUCGCCACCAAGAAUUUGGUCCACCUCCUGUAGACAAAACUAUGCCAUUCGGUUUAGUUUCGGCUUGGAACAAGCGCAGACGAAGCAAGUCUGAAGAUUGCACCGACCCCUGGACUUAUAAGCCGGUUGAGUUGUGGCAGCUGGACGAUCAAGCUCUACGACCUGCAAAAAGACACCACGGAUCAUCAGUAUUUACUCUCAAGGAAAUGGAAGAGGCUUCUUCUUCUUUUAGCGAUGGAAACUUUCUUGGCAAAGGAGGCUUUGGACGAGUCUACAAGGGAACCUUGAGAUCAGGAGAGAUUGUUGCAAUCAAGAAGAUGGAGCUACCACACUUUAAAGAAGCCGAGGGCGAGCGCGAGUUCCGUGUGGAAGUCGAUAUAUUGAGCAGGCUUGACCACCCGAACCUGGUUUCCUUACUUGGCUAUUCUGCUGAUGGAAAGAACAGGUUCUUGGUAUAUGAAUAUAUGCGUAACGGAAACCUCCAAGACCACUUGAAUGGAAUCAGAGAAAAGAAGAUGGAGUGGCCUCUAAGGCUCAAAGUGGCACUCGGCGCUGCAAGGGGACUCGCUUAUCUCCAUUCAGGUUCUUCCAUCGGAAUUCCGAUUAUUCAUAGAGAUAUGAAAUCCACUAACAUUCUUCUAACAGCUGAUUUUGAAGCAAAGAUAUCCGAUUUCGGGCUCGCAAAAUUUAUGCCGGAGGGCCGCGAGACAUACGCCACAGCCAGGGUGCUUGGCACUUUUGGCUAUUUCGACCCUGAAUAUGCAUUGACAGGAAAACUCACCUUGCAAAGUGAUGUUUAUGCAUUCGGCGUGGUGCUUCUCGAGCUCUUGACAGGGCGCAGAGCCGUGGACUUAAACCAAGGACCGAAUGACCAAAAUCUGGUCCUACAGGUGAGGCACAUCUUGAAUGACCGGAAGAAGAUGCAGAACCUGAUAGAUCCCGAGAUGAACCGGACUUCAUACACAAUGGAGUCCAUGACCAUGUUCGCGAACCUGGCAUCACGCUGCGUCCGUCCUGACAGCAGGGAGAGACCGCCGAUGGCCGAAUGCAUCAAAGAGCUUCAGCUGAUACUGUCCACGAAUUCCAAAGGCAUGAACAUGGCUUUGCAUAAAUUUGGUUAUCAAUGGCUCAGACCUACUUCAGGAGGUUUUCUUCUCUAGAGACAGAAGACUAGUUAAGCCCAUUGAAGAAAUCCUUAAUCUCAACUAAGGAAUUAAUGAAUCUUCAGCAGAUAUGAGCUCAAUGAAGAGACUAGGAUUUCUGAAUGGCAGCAGAGACGAUCUACAGUUGAGGGGGAAUAGAGAGAGUGAGAUAAAUGACAACUAAGAAGAAAUUAAUCCACACUCGGUCCACAUUUGCAAAAAUUAAUCUCUUUUUUCAAGUGGUGCUCAAUUACAUCGAAACUUUCCUCUUCGGUUCUCUGUAUAAUUGGAGACUCGCGUGGGAUUACUGCGAAGAUCAUGCUUCUUCGAA